GGGAAAUUUCAUCAGCUAUUGUGGUAGUGUUUUUUACGAUUAGUGGUUCUCUACUUAAAAAUUCCAUUCCAAAUUAAAACGUUUUUUUACUUGAAUUUAAUAGGAAUUAUUUUUAAAAUUAAUAGAUAAUUGUUCGAACAGAGAGUAAUGAGAAAUCACCAACAACUACAACAGCAUGGGAGAUAAUGUCAAAGUAACAGCAACAACAGGAUCUACAAAUGGUACCACAGUGACCACAAAUGGUGACACUACGGGCCAUAAAACCAAAUUGACAGAGACUGCUAAUUUACCGAAAUUAAUAAUAACCGAUAAUAAAAUAAACUACAAUGAGAAACCGGUAAAAACGAAACCCGCCAAAAAGAAACGUAGAGAUAAAAGUGAUUUGGGUGAUAAUUUUGUAGCGCCCGAUGGCGGUUGGGGUUGGUUUGUGUCCAUAGCCAGUGGUGUUAAUAUAUUGGUAACAUUUGCUUUGGCUCAACAAUUUGGUAUUAUUUUCCGUGAUCAUAUGGCUCAAUUGGGCAUAUCAAGUUCCCAAUUAACUACAAUUAUUAAUAUACAAAUUGCUGUAUCAGCUAUAACAG